AGGAGGUGGCGGCACCCGGACAGCACGGCACAUGCUGAGAGUGCAGCGCCGCGGACACCGACCUGUCUGAUGAGGAUCCAGCUGGGAGAGACCGCACCCUCAGCCUAACCAGCGGCCGCUCCUCUCUGCAGUGCUGGCACCGUCCCAGACGUCUCACCGAGUAACAGGAUGCCUGGUCUGUAUGAUACCUCUUCCUGGGCACAGCUCCCACUUGAGACUUCAUGUGUAAAUGCCUGCGCCAAUGGGUUUAGUCUGGGACUCAAUGCGCAGUUGACCUACUUGAACCCCUGUAAUGACACAGUACAAGCCAUGUUUAUAUACCUCCUGGAGGAGGGGGAGGUUGUCACAAGUUUUGAGGCAGUGACUGGAAACAGGAAAGUUCAAGCUCAAGUCCAAAAUCAAAUACGAAUGGAGGAAUGCUGUUCUAGUUGUCACUGGGAAUCGCUACCUUGUUAUUGCUCCAGUGGACACCUUGUUUUAGACCCAGAUACAGCACACCGUGUGUUUGUGCUCACCUUGGGAUCUGUCCUUCCCUCCGCAGUAGUCAGUGUGGCUCUGCAAAGUAGCAAAGAAUUGCAGACACUUUCAGGAGGAGCUGUACGUGUGACCCUCAACUCCACACUUACCCCCAUGGCGCCAAAUCCUGGAGAUCCCAGCGAUCGCGGGGAUGGUCUGUGUGACGACAGGUUGUGCUCAUGUUCUGCCAGUUGUUUUGGUGGUGUGAGCGGCACAGGGGUUAGUCCUUGGAUGUUACUAGCAGAUUCUCCACCCCAGACCCUGACUUCCAUGCAUCCUAAAUCCCUUUCUGCUGCCCUAACUGGCAUGGCCACCAAUCCACAGCGUUACCAUUUCAGCUUUCGCCUACAGGUCCAGGGACCAUGUCUUUUGGCAGGUAUAGAGAGUCCAUCCCAUGCUCUUCGUGCUGAUGCAAGUCCUUUUGCGGUCUCCGCCUCCUCCAUUUGGAUUAGCCUGGCUGAAGAGUAUAAUUGUGACCGUGCGCUAGAAAUUAUUCUGCACCCCAGUGAACCACAUCUCCCUCAUCUGUCUCUUGAGAAGGGAAACAAGACUUUCCAACAGUAUGAGACGCAUAUAAAAGAAAGGAAAGAUUUUAUUAAAGGGAUGAAGAAAUCUAGUGAUCCCGAAAGACAGGUCAACUUUGUACGGAGGAGGUUUCACAAAGAUCUUCAUCUGAAUCCAGUCCUGAUGUUGAACUUUUGUCCGGACAUUACUGCUCUCAGUUCUCUCAGCUCCAAUCUUCCAACGGUUACCCGUGAAGUUAUUUUCCUAGUCCAUCUGAUGGAAGAACCAUGCCAUAAUAUACGGGAUGCCCUUCUACUGGCCGUGAGAAGUUUACCUGCACGCACACUGCUGAAUGUGGCAGGUGGCACGUGUGACAGCAGGGCCCUGUUUCCAACCAGCAGGCAGUGCAGUAACGAUUCGUUGGAGAUGGCAUGUGAAUUUUUCCAAAGCAACAAGAUGUGUGGGAUGUCCAGCAAUUUUCCUUCUGUGUUGGGUCGAAUAUUAGCACAUCCAGUGCAUCGUGGGUACCCACGGCAAGUGUUCAUCAUAACAGACACCGGAUUUACUCAUUCCAGCAGAAUUCUUGAGCUUUUAAGACGUCAUGCGAGAACUACGCGGGUGUUCGGUUUUGGUCUGGGUUCAAAUGUGAAUCCCAAUAUACUUGAGAAAGCAGCCAAGUUAACCAGGGGAACUGUAGAGCUGCUUUCUGAGGGACAAAGGUUGCAGCCCAAGCUGGUUAAAUCCUUGAAGAAGGCUCUGGAGCCAGCUUUGAGUGACAUCACUAUUGACUGGUACAUGCCAGAAACCAUGGAGGCUCUGCUCACCCCCAAUGACAUUGCUCCACUCUAUCCUGGUGACUCACUUAUUAGCUACUGCACAUUAUAUAACACUGCCAGCUUCAGAAGCAAGAAGGGACCAACACGCGUGGCCAGAGGAGGGUCCUUUAGUUCUGUUUUUCAGUCUCAGGAAGAAUCUCAAACUACAGGUACUACAGACACAAGUUACCUGAAUCCAUCUGGCAUGGAAGAGGUGGAACGUGCUUUACAGGAAAUUUCACAUGAAAUCUCGAUGGAGUUCUCUGCAUGGAGUGAAGAUCCAGAAAGAACAGAAAGCAUUGGCGGAGAUGGAGCUCAAGUAAGUGACAUAAGGAAGCGUAUUGUACGUUCCUCUUAUGUACAGGAACAGUAUAUGCUCACUCAUUGUUCUGUUAGCACCGAGCCAACUCAAGCACCAACACAACCUUCCACAUGCGGUGACCACACUCGUGCAACUAGCCAUGGGUCUACCAGCAGUGAGUCAGUAGGUUCCAGAGAAACUGUUUCAGGAGACUGUAUAAUGCCAUGCUCUAAGAAAGUGUCUCAACAAGGCAAAAAGAGUAUCUCGCAGAGUGAAGGAAUGUGGGCACUCCUCCAAAAUUCCACUCCCUCUUGUAAGGCUAAAGUAACACAGAGCACAGAAGAGCUGAUCCAAAGAAAAGCCCUGAUUCAAGCCACCAUGUCUGGCCGCAGUUUCUCAUCCCCUCAUGGAGAGCUGGAUAUGCUUCGAUUACGCACUGUCUUGGACAAAGUAUCUCAGAGCCAGGAUCUGGAAGAAGUUAAUGCGAGGCGCACAGAGGGAUUAUGUGAUUCCUUGACAGGUCAGCUCCCGUCUACUGCACAACUGGACUGGGACAUGCUGGUGGAUGAACAGUAUCUUUUCUCUGCAUCUCCUGCUGCAGCAAAUAUGGGGUCUGGGGUCAGCAGUGAAUCUGGUUGGCAGUGCCGAGCUGUAAUCCAUGGCUACAUUGGAAGCAGCAACCACUCUUGGGAAACCUCAAUAAACCUGGAGCCACUUCUGACUGGUGUUGAAGAGGAUUUUGGAAACAGUACUGAGUCUGAGUAUGAAAAGUAUUAUGACUUGCACCAGUUGGCUGCACGUUCUGUGAUUCGAGACAAUGAGGAUAUGACCUGGAGAGAGUGUGACAUUGAACAUGGUUCUUCUCGACGAUUCCGUCUGAAGGCUAUGCAGACCAGCAAGUCUUGUUCACAAGUGUCAUUGUUUACUUGCCAUAUGCCCGUAGAUCCAGAUACCCAGGAUGCACUUCCUGGCCACAUGAUUGUUCGUAGAGGUGGGCGCAGUAGAAGGUGUGGUAGCUCAAACUCUGGGAGCUGGAGUAUGGCAGAUAACAGAUAUUCAGAACUCAUGGAGGACACAUUUGAAAAUGCAGCCAGAUCCCCAGUUCUACCAUCUUCCCCACCAAGAAUAUCCUCUGAAAAUGGCUUUGAGAAAACUGCAGGCCAAGAAGGGCACAUUAUUGGCCCACUUACGUCACAGAAAUUGUCGGAUAGCUGCCUAAACACAAGGGUUAAUGCGGGUAAAAGGAAAAUCCGCAGUUUGUCUGGAAAACUAUCCCCCUUGAAACCCUGUUUAACUGGAGAUAAAGAGCCAACAUCUGAACUUGUGGUUCAGGACUAUCUACCCCUGAUUAAAUUGCAGUCGCCUGAGGGUUUUUUCAACUUAAACAGCUGCUUUUCCAGUGUUGUUCAGAUCUCACUUCAGCGUUUACUCCGCGCUUCCCCAUUCACCUGUCAUCGUGGAAGCCUUAGUCCAGUGUCUGAGCCUUGCCCAGUAGAGCAUGGGGACUUCAUCGGAGAAUCACAAACUUGCAAAGGAGGAUCUCAACCACAGGUUCCAAUGAUAAAGGAUACUUCACCUCUGCCUGUCUAUGCCACAUCUUGUCCUGAAGCUCUUUGCCAUCAAGCAGACAGUGGGCGAGGAUCAGAGACAGAUCCAUGUGACACUUCACCAUGUCCUUCAGAGACUGGCAAUGAAUUGGAUACAGAUCUUGAAGGAUGUUCUUGGGCCACUGCCGUAGCGCUAGCAUGGCUUGAGCAUCGUUGUGCUGGCUACUUUAUAGAAUGGGAGCUUCUGGCAGCAAAGGCAGAGGGUUGGCUACGAGCACAGACCCUUCCUGAUGGUCUACAGUUGCUUGCUUUAAAAGGGGCUGCUCGACAGCUUUUCUUACUUCUCCGUCACUGGGAUGAAAACCUCAACUUAAAUAUUCUCUGUUAUAAGCCAGGUGAUGUGUGAAGUGAUC